UCAUAGCAGUAAUUUUUUUAAACUAAACUAAUUUGAACAAAUUUUUCUUGGGAAUUUGAGAGACCUAUUUUGAGAGGGGCGUAGGUUAAAGGCUGUUUUCUUUUGGCUGAACAGUGGAGGUCUGUGCCAAUGCCUGUCUGUUGCUCUGAUGUUUUUACCACAGAGUAUGAUCUGGGCAAAAGGGGAGGAGAUUUAUGGGUACUGGGAAGGAGGUUUGGUAGUUUGUCUGCUGUAUAAAGCUGUUGCUGCAUUUGUUUUGCAGUUUGAGCUUGGGUACAAGGUUCAAGCCACAGGCAGGUCAAAAUGAAGAGUGUGCUCGGCUAUUGUGCUCUCAUAUUCACACUUCUUUUGAGCUGCUCAGUCCAGGCUGCGAAAAAGCAGAAAACUGUUUCUUCUCAAGGUACAGACUGCACACAAAUUAAGACUCAGUCUCCAGAUGCCCUCAGUGGAGUUUAUGUAAUCCAGCCUGCAGGAGCCAACAAUCACUUCAAGGUGUACUGUGAGAUGACAUCAGAUGGAGGUUGGACAGUGUUUCAGAGGCGCAGUGGAGGCUCUGUGUCCUUCAACAGGAAAUGGGUGGCAUAUAAAAAUGGAUUUGGAAACCUCACAGAAGAUUACUGGCUGGGUCUGAAGAAAGUUUUUGCACUGACAAAGAAAAAAUCAAAGAAGUGGAUCUUGAGGGUGGACCUGUGGGACCAUAAAGGUGGCAGUGCUUUUGCUGAGUACAAGAACUUCCGGCUGGGAAAUGAGAAAACGGCUUUUAAACUCCAUGUGGGGAAAUACAGCGGAAAUGCAGGUGAUGCCAUCCGUGGGGCCUAUCGUGGCAUUGACCAAAAUGGCUUUGGCUUCAGCACCAUCGAUCGCGACAAUGACGGCUGCUCUCCGUGCAUCUUUGGCGACAUUGCUGAAGCAAAGUGUGCCUUUUUAAAAGUAGGUGGUUGGUGGUACAGCCGGUGUGGCUCUGCCGGUCUAAAUGGUGAAUGGCACCCUUAUGGAGAUCACAUCGGCUGGGCUUCCGGUCUCCACUGGCUCACCUGGAAACCUCCCGCCCCUUAUUCAGCCAAGGCCACAAGAAUGAUGAUGAAGUCUAUGUGAGAGAGAAACUAGCGACCGUAUAAAGUUCAAACCAGAUGUUUCCACACUUUGCAUGGGAAGUCAUCACCUUUUUUUUUCUUAUUGCUCUAAAUUGAAAGUUUAUUUCUGGUUUUUAGGUCAAUUGGGAUUACCAAAGCUAUUUUAAAUUUGCUAAAUGUCAAACUAAUCAGACACAGUAAUCUCUAGAGAUGAUUUGUUUAAUAUUUGUUUAAAAUCAGGUCUGUAUAUCUUUGCUCAAAUGUUUUGGGUAUUCUUCCACAAGCUUCUUACUACAAUUAGGUAGAAUUUUGACUCAUUCCUUCAGGAAGAAGUGAUGUAACGAUGAGUCAAGUUUACUUACCCACACCUUUUUAUCUUAGUGCGAAAAGACUUUGCUGUCUUUAAGUCAACAUAAAUGUAAAAUACUUUAUUUUUUGUUUUAUCAGACCACGGGAGUUGUCAUAAAAUACUAAGAUCACGGUCAUGGCAUUGUCAUCCAGGCUUUCACAACAGUUUAAAUGUUUUGUAAUUUUACUGUAUGUAAACUUUUGAUUUUGAAGAAAGUAAUUAACACAAUUUUCUUAUUGUGGCAUUUACCAAAUAGAACUUUUGGUUGUCCUAACUUACCUAGAACAAUAAAAGUGAAGUCUGAUUUAAUGUCAGACAGAUAUGUAAAUGUUUGGUUUCAACUGUACAUCCUGGCCUUCAAGAUAACGUGCAUUUUCAAGAUAUGCUUUUAUUUACUUAAAACGGCAAGUACUCCUUUCUUGAGUGUUUUUCCACAUGCAACUUAUCUGCCAUAUGCCAUGUAAACUCCUAUUUCUACUUUAGCUGUUACUUGUUCUCAUAUACAUGGUCUUUGAACAUGGCCUGUACUUAUCAAAAGGAAUGUUUGAAAUAAAUGUCAGGCAUGCUUUCUAGUUACACAGUACAAACCUUUUUGUCACUAUCCUGUUGUGUGCAAUAUCCACAAUCCUGCAUUUUGUGACCAAAAAGAUUAUUUUUGUCCAAACUGGUUGUAAAUUAGUAAAUGCCAAUUUAAGACUCGAGUUUAUUUAAAGUUGUGUUUUGAUGGGUUCAAAUCCUGGCCACAGCUUUUUUCAAAUAGAGUUUGAAUGUUUUCCAGUGCAUCUGUUGGUCUCUCCCUGCACUCCAGUCCCCACUGAAAAGAUGGCCAUGGUCCAAAUAUAUGCAUAAUAUACAAUAAAUGGUAACUCAAUA